AGAUUACACCCGAAAAGUUUUUGAUUACCUAAGUGACGACUUUAGCAGACGGUAGUCACUUGCAUCCCAUUAUAAGCGUAGCACUCUAGUUAGAGCAGACGGACGUCACUGCUCACGUUGUAUUCAAUCCGACCCUGUGAGCCGCCCUUAUUAUUGCAUAUGCAUCUAGGUAUACGUCUUCCUUUAUGUGCGCUGAUAGAAGUCCAGUAGCGCCUCAAUAGUUGCUCCAAUUUGUCGUUCCAUUAUAGCAAAACUACGCCACUGCGUGACCAGGAACUGUAGUUGUAGACAUGUCCGAUGACCGACCGGAAAGUGCCGGAAGACGAUGGGAAGCACGCGCAAGGGUAGAUUACCCUCUACACUAUCUUAUAUGGUUGCGGGAACACAAAUUAUUGGAAGAGAAACUGGACUCGAUUAAUGCCAACGGAGACCCUUCUAGCCAGAGUCAACUUGAAAAACUAGAUCCUAGAGGUCGUACUCCUUUGAUGUUAGCUAUAACCUUAGAUGAUAUUCAGUCAACUCUAUUAUUAAUAACAAAAGGCGCCAAUGUCAAUGUAAAAAAUGAUGAAGGAUGGACUGCUAUGCAAGAAGCAAUUGCUACAGGAAAUCCAGAAAUGGUCCAGAUUGUUAUGGAACACAGGGAUUAUCAACGUCAUUCUGAUCGUGCUACAUGUGUCUCUAAAUUAUUAAAAUUACUUGAAGAAUCACCUGAUUUUUAUGUAGAAAUGAAAUGGGAGUUCAUUAGUUGGGUUCCAUUAGUAUCAAGAAUGUGUCCAAGUGAUACAUACAAAAUAUUCAAACAGGGAUCAAAAGUACGAAUAGAUACAACAUUGUUGGGUUUUGACCAGGGUAAUUGGGAACGUGGAAAUUUAAGUUAUAUAUUUUUAGGUCAAACUGCAACACUUUUCAAAUCUAAACGAACUUUCAUAUUUCAACUUAGCCAAGGUCAAUCAGCUACAUUUCUUGAGGUAGAUCAUGAAGCACACAGGGUAUAUGUAGAAGAAAUACAAAUGAUACCAUUAGAUCAGGGUCUUGAGGUGAUGCGCCCAUCAGAUGAUACCAUAGCUAGUAGACUGUCUGCUCCUAUUGUUAGUUUUGAUGUAGAUACAAAAAAAAUAAGUUUUGAAAGAAAUAAAAGUGGUAUUUGGGGAUGGCGGCAAGAUAAAUCAGAAAUAAUUAAUGAUUAUAGCUGUAAAGUUUUUAAUGCAAGUAAUGUGGAAUUUGUUACUAAGUCAAGAACAGAGCAUAUGAAUGAAACAGAAAAAACUAAAUUAAUUAAUACAAAAAAUCCUAUACAAUCAAUUUUAGGCUCAAGUGAAGAGAAAUGUCCAAUUAAACCAGAACUUGAAGUUACUAUGGCUGAAUAUUUUGAUGAAUUUAUUGAUAUUAGAGGUAAAUAUAUACGAAAACCAAUUGAGCAAACUACAAAAGUUACAAAGAUCAAGGCCAAUUUAUGGCUUUGUGAAGAUUACCCUCUUAGUUUAAAAGAACAAAUCAUGCCAAUUGUUGAUUUAAUGGCUAUUACAAGUUCUCAUUUUGCUAAACUUAAGGAUUUUAUUGAAAUGCAGCUUCCAUCAGGAUUUCCUGUGAAAAUUGAAAUUCCAUUGUAUCAUAUUUCCAAUGCCCAAAUUACUUUUGGCAACUUAUUUGGGACAGAUAAAGCUAUAGAAGGUGUUCAAACAUUAGAUUCAAAUGGAAAAAUGUUUUGUGUUGUUGAAGAUUCUGUAUUUGUCCCUCCUAGAAACUAUGUAGUUCUUGGUGCUGAACAAAGACGUCAAAUUGGUAUGGACAAUGAUGAAGAACUGCUUCAGUUUGCUGUUCGGCAGAGUUUGUUAGAAACUGGAGCUGAAGAAGAUCAGGUAGAUAUUUGGGAAGCAUUACAAGUUCAAAGGCCGAAUACUCCCAAUGACCUGUAUUUUAAUCCAGCUGAUGAAGAAUUACAAAGAGCAAUCCAUGCAAGUUUGACUGAGUGUGCAUUUAUGCCUGCGGUUUCACAAACUGAUGCUCCAAACUUAGUAGAUGAUGCAACAACUGAUGAUGCUGAUGAUGAUCUUAAAGCGGUAUUGAGAUUAUCUAUGGAAGAAAAACGACAGGCUGAAUUACAGGUACAAAUGGAAGAAGAAAUGUUAGAAAAGAUUUUACAAUUGUCAUUGACCGAAAAAUAACAGAUAUAUAGAUUAAAAUUUGUUUUGCUUAAUUAUAUUUAACUCUGUGGCCCAAUAAAAAUGUAUGAAAAAUCGAAUGAUA